AUGUCAUUAAACGGGAUUAUUAAACAUGUUCAGAAGAAAGGGCAGUCUCCGAGGGUUCAGUCGCCGGGAGUAGCGAAGCCAGUACUUAAAUCCGUAAAAAGUACAACCACAACAACAAGCACAAGCAGCAUAACUAAGAAUCCAUCUCCAACCAUAAGAGCACAGAGUGAUCCAGGAAGUGUGAAACCAAAGAAGCUCAAAUUUAAUGAGUUAAUGAAGAAAGCCACUAAAGUGGAUCAAACAAAACUAUCCAUUGCCAUCAAAUCUAGAUCAAAAUCUCCAGAGGGAGCUUUGAAUAAAGCAGGACCAUUACGGUCGAAGGAGUCCCUGCGAACGAAUUCUCCCUUACCUCCACCUAAGGUGAAAGUUCCACUAAAUUCUGCAAGGAGUGUUAAUCCUCAACCAAAGAAAAUAGCUAGUCAAAAAGUCAUGCAACCACCUAGAACCAUUAAAUCAUCAGUAGUUAAGAAGAGUUCACCAAUACCACUUCGGAAACCUUCUGAAGAACUUAAGAAGAAAGCAAAUAUUAAAGCUCCUUUACCACCACGAGGUCCUUCGGCAAAACUUCAAGAAGUUCUAAAGUCAAAGAAUAAGCUAUCAAGUACAAAUAAUAAGAAUCCAUAUAAGGCAUCUUCAAGGCCACAAAAAGAAGAUGACUCUGAUUUGGAUUCCUUUAUAGCAUCUGAUGAAGAGGAGGAAGAACCCACAAGAUCAAAAGAUAGAGGUUAUGAUCGAGAAGAAAUAUGGGCUAUAUUUAACAGAGGAAAGAAGAGAUCGUAUGAUUAUUAUGACUCCGAUUCAGAUGAUAUGGAAGCUACUGGUGCUGAUAUUUUAGAGGAGGAAUCGAGAUCGAGACGGACGGCUGAACUUGAAGACAGAAGAGAAUUGGAAGAAGAAAAGAGAUUAGCGGCUCUUAAAAAGGCUAGAAAAAUAAAGAAAUAA